AUUUAAGCAGCUGGUUUUUUUCAUAACAAGUCGAAAUACAAAACAUAAAUCACCCUCUAUAUAUAGUUAGGUAUACUAUAUUAACUACCGGUAUAUAAAUCAACAUGUUAUUAUUGCGUCGUCUUAUUCAACGUCUAAACUCCAAUCAAAUUCAACAAUUGAGAAUGUCGCAUGUGGGUGAACUUGGUAGCGGUGCGGGCAAAGGCGGCGGCGGUGGUGGCGCAAUUCGCGAAGCCGGCGGCUCAUUUGGUAAAAUGGAGGCUGCACGCGAAGAGGAGUUUUUCUACAAGCAGCAAAAGGAACAGCUCAAGAAUCUCAAGACAAAGACGGACACCAAAGCGCCAGUUGCAGCUAAGAAAUAAGAUAAAGCAAAAGAAAUUAUAGUUUAUAGAUUGUUUUUUACUCUAUUUUAUGGCUGAUGAGUUUUUGUGGUUACUGAUGAAAUUAAAACAAAUGAACAAAUAAAAAGAAAAUAAUUUGGAA